AUGGCUGCCAACGGACGCGGCGGCCUGCGCAGCAGCGCCUUCAACACCGCUCCUGAGAGUGGUAACGACUUCCAGCGCCGCGGUCCCGGCCACGCUCGUACGGGAUCUAGGAACUACGAGGGCAACUGGCGCACCCAAGGCCAAACUCAGGACCAACCCAGCAACGUUGGCCAGAACCAGGGCUUCCAGCCCGGCCACCGUCCCCGCGGCUCCGUCAACCAGUCCAUGUCCGCUAUCGGUGGCUUUCAGUAUAACCCCAGCCAGGCUCCGGUCCUUCCACUUGCUGGCCAGAUGAUGAUGCCCCAGAUGUACAAUCAGCAGCUCAACCAUAUGCAGAUCAGCCAGCUUCAGGCUUUGCAAGCUGCCCAGAUGAACUCUCAACAGUUCCAGGGCCUUCAGGGCUCCCAACACGCUGGACAGCUGGGUGGCCAGCAACAGCAGCAGCAGCGAAAGACGCUCUUCACCCCCUAUCUCCCGCAGGCUACUCUUCCCGCCUUGCUUGGGGAUGGCCAGCUUGUGUCGGGUAUCCUCCGAGUCAACAAGAAGAAUCGCAGUGAUGCUUAUGUCACGACUCUCGAUGGCCUCUUGGAUGCCGACAUCUUCAUUUGCGGUAGCAAAGACCGUAACCGCGCCCUUGAGGGUGAUUUGGUCGCCGUUGAGCUCCUGGAUGUCGACGAAGUAUGGGGCCAGAAGCGCGAGAAGGAAGAGAAGAAGAAGCGAAAGGACAUCACCGACACUCGCUCCGGCUCCAUCAACCAAGGCAGCCAGGCCCCUGGCCAAGCCGAUGAGAACAACCCUCCCGAUGGAGCCAUUCGCCGCCGUGGCAGUCUCCGCCAGCGUCCCACGCAGAAGAAGAACGACGACGUCGAAGUCGAGGGCCAGAGCCUGCUCCUUGUCGAGGAAGAAGAGAUCAACGAUGAACAGAAGCCUCUGUAUGCCGGCCACGUUGUUGCCGUUAUUGAGCGUGUGGCAGGCCAGAUGUUUUCAGGUACUCUGGGCUUGCUUCGACCCAGUAGCCAGGCUACCAAGGAGAAGCAGGAAGCCGAAAGAGCUGCCCGAGAAGGUGGCAAUUCCCGUGGGAAUGACAGUCGCCAGCAGGACAAGCCCAAGAUUGUUUGGUUCAAGCCUACUGACAAGCGCGUCCCCCUGAUUGCCAUCCCCACGGAGCAAGCUCCCCGAGACUUUGUUGAGAAGCACCAGGACUAUGCCGAUCGCAUCUUUGUUGCAUGCAUCAAGAGAUGGCCCAUCACGUCGCUUCAUCCCUUUGGUACGCUUGUAGAGCAGUUGGGUCGUAUGGGUGACCUUAAGGUGGAGACCGAUGCGCUGCUUCGCGACAACAACUUCGGUUCCGACGAGUUCUCCGACGCUGUUUUGCGCAGUGUCGGCCUCCAGGAUUGGUCGCUCGCCCAAGAGGACGAGGCGGCCAUUGCCUCGCGCCGCGACUACCGCGAUGAAAAGGUCUUCACCAUCGACUUCAACGGCAGUGCCGAACUCGGAAAUGCGGUUCACGUCACUUCCCGACCCGAUGGCAAGAUUGAUAUUGGUAUCCACGUUCCGGAUGUCACGCAUUUUGUCAAGCCCAACUCUCUCGUGGACCGAGAGGCCAAGAAGCGUGGUACCGCCGUCCACCUCAUCAACCGAUUCUGCCCUCUGCUGCCUCCCAAGCUGUCUGGGGAGGUUUGCUCUCUCGUGCCAGGCGAGGAGCGUCUGACCGUCAGUGUCGUUUUCACCGUGAACCCUGUCAACGGCGCCGUUGCCGAAGGCGAUGCCUGGGUGGGCAAGAGCAUCAUCAAAUCCACCGGCAAGGUGUCGCUGGCCGAUAUUGACAAGGCCCUGACUGACGCUUCCACCUAUGACAAUGCGGCCGUUCCGGUCAACACCAUCCAGAUCCUGCAGGCUGUCGCCCAGAAAUUCCGGGAAGCUCGCCUGGGUGCCGGCAGCGAGCCCAUCGCCCCUCUCCGCUUAUUGAAGCAGCUGGAUGACGAGAACCACCAAGUGCAGCACAACAUCUUUGAUUCUACGGAGGCCCUGGAGCUUGUCGAAGAGCUCAUGCACAAGGCAAACAGCUAUGUGGCCCAGCGUCUGGCAGAAGGCUUACCUGACAAGGCUCUGCUGCGUCGCCAGGCCGCUCCCAACCCACGACGCCUGCAGACGUUUGUCGAGCGCAUGACAGCCCUUGGAUACGACAUCGAUGCCUCUGGAAGCGGGGCACUCCAGAACAGCCUUUUCAAGGUCGAAGAUGCCGAUCUGCGCAAGGGCAUGGAGACGGUUCUUCUCAAGUCUAUGCAGCGAGCCAAGUACUUCAUUGCCGGCAAGACUCCCAAGGUCGUGUGGCCUCACUACACGCUCAACCUGCCGCUGUACACACACUUUACGUACCCUACCCGCCGAUAUGCUGAUAUCAUUGUCCAUCGACAGCUGGAAGCUGUUCUUUCCGAGGGCAAGAUUGAAUUUGCCGACGAUAUGGAGAACCUCGUUAAGACUGUCGAGCUCUGCAACACCAAGAAGGACUCGGCGCAGAACGCGCAAGAGCAGAGCAUCCACAUUGAAUCCUGCCGCACCAUGGACAAGAAGCGACAGGAGGUCAAUGGUGAUCUCAUUGCUGAGGGCAUUGUCCUCUGCGUGUACGAGUCGGCUUUCGACGUACUGAUUCCCGAGUGGGGCUUCGAGAAGAGGGUCCAUUGCGAUCAGCUACCGCUGAAGAAGGCAGAGUUCAGAAAGGAGAAGCGUGUUCUGGAGCUUUACUGGGAGAAGGGCGUUCCCAGCUCCGCGUAUGUGCCUGAGGAUGAGAGGCCCAAGGCUGCGGCCUCCAUGAGAAUGUCCAAUGCGCUGGCCGCUGCUCGACAGGCAGAAGAGGCCGAGCGGGUGAAGAAGGAGAGGGAGGAGGCCGCUCGCAAGCAGACCGUCACCGGUACCAUCUCCACGGACGAUGUCGACGCCCUGUUUGAUGAUGACGAGGACGAUACUUCGGACGUGACCGAAGCCAUGGCGGGAGCAUCGCUGGCUGAGCGACCCACGCAGAGUGUGCCGGGAUCGCCAGCACGCUCAGCUUCCAAUGCCGGAACACUGCACCGGACCCGAUCCGAUUCCAAGGUCCCCAUCGCAGAGGCCGUGGAGACACGAUUGACGAACAAGGAGAAGUACCUCAAGCUGUUCACUCUACGCGAGGAGGGUGGAGACUACAUCCAAGACGUGACUGAGAUGACCCGGGUUCCCAUCAUUCUCAAGACGGACCUUACCAAGAGCCCACCUUGCCUUACCAUUCGGUCUCUCAACCCCUAUGCGUUGUAG